AUGGUGUGGCGCCUUCGGGGGGCCCGCACCUCACUCCCAGCUGGAAUCGCCCUUUUACUUCCGUUCUUCGCAGCUCAGCAGCAGUUGCUCUUCUCCUCCGCCGCCCGCAAUGGCGACAUUUCCGCUUCAUCUCUUGAGAGAGCUCAUCUCAGCAUCCCCGAUUCCCAAGCCGACCGUGUAGAGUCUUCCCUCACCGAUGCGAGCGCCCUCGCAACUUUGGCUCUGGCUGGGUCAGACCCAGCCGUUCGAGCACCGCCUGUUCAGAUUCGUAGCCGGACACAGUCGGCUCUGCAGCUCCAAGCGCGGUCUUUACAGGACUGGGAAGUUGAGGACUUUGUCCUUUUGGCGACCGUCGACGGAACAAUUCAUGCGCGAGAUCGGAAGACUGGUGCUCCUCGCUGGGCCUUGGAAGUGCCCAGUAGCCCAAUGGUUGAGACUAUCGAUCAUAGAGCCAAUUGGUCAGACCCGAAAGGUACUCCCAGAGAAGACCAUCUUCUUUGGAUUGUUGAGCCCAGUCGCGACGGUAACCUGUUCAUCUACAACUUGGCUCCAAAGGGAGGGCUGCACCGUUUGGGCUUAACCGUUAAAAUGCUAGUGGACGAAACGCCCUAUUCCGGUGCUGAUCCGCCCGUCACAUACACCGCAAGAAAAGAAACAACCCUCUAUACAGUCGACGCACGAACUGGCGCGAUCCUUCGUGUUUUCAGCUCCCGUGGUUCCACCCCUCCAGACCAAACAUGCCGCAGGCUGAAUGAAUUUGGGAUUGUUGCUGAUGGAGAAUGUGAAUCCAUGGGCACACUUACCCUUGGCCGCAUCGAAUAUACCGUCACCAUUCAAAAUACACAGACUGGUACGCCUAUCUGCACCAUCAAGUAUGCAGAGUGGGCCCCGAACAACCGCGAUGCCGACCUUCAGAGCCAGUAUUCCCAAACCAUGGACGAACGACAUAUAUACAGUAUGCAUGAUGGCGUGAUCUUCGGCUUUGACCAUUCCAAAAUUGAUGGACGCCGAUAUACACAAAAGUUUUCCUCGCCUGUUGCUCGAGUCUUUGACGUUGCCCGACCCACGACUAUGGAAACGCCGGAUACUCCCUUAGUUCUUCUCGCACAACCCCUGCCGAAUGAGGACUACAGUGUGACUGGAAUUGAAGGUCGGGAAUCUCGUGUUUUCCUCAAUUGCACAGAAUCUGGUGGUUGGUAUGCCAUGUCGGAAAUUUCAUACCCCCUAGUCACUGGUCGUGCCAGGCGAGCUGGAUGUUACGAGAAAGACUUUGAAAUGAAAAAGAAGCCGUUGGCAUCCCUGACUCUUCCCCAGCAGAAGAAAGCAUUGGUCGGGGUUCAUCUACUUGCUGAGUCCUCGAAUCGUUUCCACAACACUGUACCCAGCAUCUCCGGCCCACCCUCGGAUCACACCAACGAUACCCCUCGAGAUAUUAUCGAGGAACCGCAAAAAUUGCCUACGCCAGCACCCGCGCGGAUUAAUAGCGUUAUUAUACAAAAGGGCUGGGAUAAUGUGCUUGACAUUUUUGUCACUAUUAUUCUCGUACUUAUCGGAGCAUUUGUGUAUCUCAAUAGCCGCAACAUUCAAGAACUUGCUAAACAAAAACUCGAUCUAAAAAACAUCAUCUCUCUGGAUACUCCGACCUCGGCACCUCCAACUCCUAUGGUUACCUCCAACAGCCAAUCAGACAUUUUGAAAGAUUUAUCUGUAGGACCUACCGAGCCCCCAACCAUAAAAAUUCAACCGGAAAGCGAAGCUCAGGAAACCCCACUACCUGAACGUCCGGUCACUCCGCGCCCUAGUACACCCUUCAAUGACAGCGGUAUCGUAGAACCGGCAGACGAUGCAUCCACUGCGCCAGACCAGAAUGGCACCCCCCGUGUCAGGAUACAAGAAAACCCCAAGGAAGAGAUCGAAGAAGUCGACAAUUUGGCACCCAGAACACCCGAAAAAAAGAAGAAAGCCAGGCGUGGCCGUCGAGGUGGCCAGGCUCAUAAACGUGGCAAAAAACCCAUGGCUGACGACGACGAGGACCAGAGUCCAGGCAAUGAAGCAACAAGUCGUGAUACAAAAGUGCCGUCUCCUCCAUUGCUACAUCCCGAGCUGUCUAGAACCAAGGCUCCAUCUGCUGAAUUGAUUGAGACAGAUGGCUCAAUCCGAAUUGGCCAGCUUAAGGUUUAUACUGACACCGUGCUUGGCCAUGGGAGCCACGGCACAGUUGUUUACAAAGGGACAUUCGAUGGCCGUCAUGUUGCCAUUAAACGAAUGUUGGUUGAGUUCUAUGACGUGGCUGCUCAUGAGGUGGGGCUGCUGCAGGAAAGCGACGACCAUAAUAACGUCAUCCGAUAUUUUUGCCGUGAACAAACAGCUGGAUUUCUGUACAUCGCCUUGGAACUUUGCCCUGCUUCUCUUCAAGAUAUUGUUGAACGACCAUGGGAUUAUCCCUCUCUUAUUACGGGCGAUUUGGCUUUGCCAGACGUUCUCCGGCAGAUCACCGCUGGGGUUCGGUACCUCCAUUCCCUAAAAAUUGUUCAUCGUGAUCUCAAGCCUCAGAAUAUUCUCGUAGCUACACCUAAAGCUCGAAAGGGAUCAGGCUCACUGCGUUUACUAAUCUCUGAUUUUGGUCUUUGCAAGAAGUUGGAAGACAACCAAAGUUCAUUCAGAGCCACUACCGCUCAUGCAGCCGGUACAUCUGGUUGGCGUGCUCCCGAACUUUUGGUCGAUGACGAAGGCCCAGCGAACCCAGCAAUGUGGUCCAACAACAGUAUGGACUCAUCCGAGCCCGCUGUAGUAGACCCUCAGACUAACCGCAGAGCUACACGAGCCAUCGAUAUCUUCUCUCUUGGCUGCGUUUUCUACUACGUUCUUACCCGCGGUGGCCAUCCGUUCGACAAAGAUGGCAAGUUUAUGCGCGAGGCAAAUAUUGUGAAAGGGUAUCAUAAUUUAGACGAACUGAGGAGACUAGGUGAUUAUGCUUUCGAAGCUGACGACUUGAUUAAAAGAAUGUUAUCGCUUGACCCGCGUAGUCGACCUGACGCUACAACUGUUAUGAUGCACCCAUUCUUCUGGUCGCCCGCCGAGCGUCUUAGUUUUCUCUGUGACGUCUCAGACCAUUUCGAAUUCGAACCACGCGACCCGCCUUCACCCGCUCUUCAAUGCCUUGAGUCCAUCGGUCCCAACGUCCUUUUCCCGGAUAUGGACUUUCUCAGGGCUCUCCCAAAAGACUUUAAAGACAGUCUUGGGAAGCAACGAAAAUACACGGGCAGCAAGAUGCUCGAUUUACUGCGUGCGUUGCGCAACAAACGCAAUCACUACAACGAUAUGCCUGAACAUCUCAAAGCCAACAUUGGCGGGUUACCAGAUGGAUAUCUGCAGUUCUGGACCGUAAAAUUUCCGAGCUUAUUGAUAAAUUGUCAUUGGGUAGUGACAGAGCUUGGUUUGACGACGUUGGAGAGAUUUAAACGAUAUUUCACUCCCCCAGAGUAA